AUGUCUCUUUCUAUUAACUACCAAAAUACUGUAAACAGAAUUAAAGUCCCAUUUCCUCCAUCUAUUAGCAUAGACGAAAUUGUAAAAAUACACUUAAAAAAUAGAAUCAAGAGUGUGAAUCAAACUAUGAAUGCAUUUAUGAUUUAUCGAAAAGAAUAUAAUUAUGUGGUUGCAAAAUUUAAUUUCUCACGUAAAGAAAUGGCAAAAAACGUAAAAAAAUGUUUCAAAGAAAAUGCUCCUUUUCAUUGUUGUAUCAACAGCAGUCUAUCUGAUACAAAUGAUAAUCACGUCCCUUUAGAUACCUCUAAUCCUUCACUUCUUAAUACAAGUUUAAACUCCCCUCCCCCUCUUAAUAUAGAACAACCAAUCGAAUCUGUCAAUUUCAGAAAUGAUCUUUACGCAUAUAUGAUGAAUAUGGAUGAUAAUGAAUUUAUGAACUAUCUUUCUGAGGAUAUGGCUUUAACUUAUAGCACAAUUAUUCAAUCAUUAUCGUGA